UUCUUCUCAUAGAUGCUUUUGUUUAGGUAAACAAAGUAAAAAAUUGAAAGCUGUCAGUUUACUGAGUUUAGUGCUUUCGGUUGAAACUAUAAUUGUAAUUGUUUUUAAAAACAUUAUUCUAUCAACAUGGAAGAAACGGAUGGAAUUAUUAUAGAGAAUCUUCGUAAAGUUGGAUGUGACAUUGAAGAUGAAGUCACAUCCCUUGCUCAAUUUACUACCGAAAUGGUGAUUGAAGGUGUUGUCAAGUGUCUAGUUUCCAUUCAAUCUGACCUGCAACUCAACCACAGAAUGCCUCCAAACCUUCCUGCUCGUUAUAAACUUUGCAUGGAGAUAGCUAAGGCCUGUAAGGAUGUAGCUGGUUAUAAAGGAGACCUUGGAUACGAAACAUUUUUGCACGGGAGUCAGACAGAAAUUAGAAAUGUGUUUACAGUUAUCAUUCAGAAACUACCUAAAGUCAAUGAACAACCUAUUGCAGAUUCAGUUGCUGAUCCCUUUCAAUAUACUAUGAAAAAAAUUCAAAAUGACAUUCUCAGACAACUCCAUCAACCAUGGCUGCCUUCCUUUUGCAAUUUUUCCUGUGAUAACAGUCUUCCAUUUCACUCCAUUGAUCUAACAAAAAAAGCUUUCAAUUCAAGUGGCAAAAUACCCCAGCUCUCAACAAUUCCUCAUACUCAGUUGAUUCCUUCAUUGAUAGAAAAGCAUCUUUCAGAGUUGGCAGCAGACAAAUACAAAUAUAAGUUUUCUGUGAGGAAGGUCAACAUCAUAAAAAAAGAACAAGAAUUACCUGUACUUGCACUUAACUCGAGAUUUUCUCUGAUUCGGUUACUCCAGUACGCGGAAGCAGAUAAAAAAAAGAAAAAACCACUGCCACCCCCCAAACCUUCACAUUUGAGCGGAGUAUCGAAAUCCAAAACUGAAGGGCCGACAGUGGAAGAACAGUGCCAACAAUUAACUAUCAUUAUAGAGAACCUAGAGCAAGAUUUGAAUUUGAAACACACAGAACUUGCUGACAUAACAGAAGAAGUUGCUAAAAUGAAAUCUAUGAUCGAAUGCAAAGAGGCGGAACAGAAUACUCAACGAAAAGAGCUGGAUAGACAGGAAAAGCUAUAUGCCCUUCUUCCUGAUGCUCCCGCUCAUUUGGAGCGCAUGAAAACGCUAUUAGAGUCUAAUCAGGGGAAAAUGGCCGUAUUAGAAGAGCAGUGGUUAGAAAUUAAGAAACCUUUGGAUGAUGAAUACCAAAUCUGGCUUCUUCGUCACGAAAAUAGUGCAGGCGAGAAGCUGAAAGCUGCACUUGAACAUACAGUGAUGUCCUUAAGAAGCAUCGUAGAAGAAAUUCGUACUAAAGAAGACACUAUACAAAAACUUCAAACGCAUAUCGAAUCUAUGCCACCUUCAGUACUAACAAGAACAUUUUAUACUCAAAGAAUACUGAGUAUCGUAGCCAACGUCAAAAAACAAAAUGAAGAAAUGCAUCGGGUGCUUGAAGAUGUAAAAAGUGUGCAGCGUGAAAUCAAUUCAAUACAGGGAAAAGUUGAGCGCACGUUUACCGUAACGGAUGAAAUUAUUUUUCGGAUGGCCAAAUCGGAUGAGACUGCCCGGCGUAUAUACAAGUAUUUGAUUUCAUUGCAAACUGAUUGCUCUGAAAUCCAAAAAUUAGUGAAAGAAUCUGGCAACUUGUCACGAGAGAUAAAGGAUUUAGAAGAUCAAGCGGAAACCGAAUUACGUAAGAAUAUUGCUACCAAAAUUAGGCGACUGCAAAGUGACCUCGAACAGAUACGCACGGAAAAUCAGAUUUUAGAAGAACGAGUCGGUACUAAAAUUUAAUUAUUCAUCUUAGUUUUGUUUCCAGUCAGCCUCACUUUGUUCAAAUUAAAUUUUUCUCACUUCAAUAAAGUUUAACAUUCCAAUA